GGAGGGAGGCGCUCCAGUCCCGCUGUGGCGCGUCGGCCGGCCGCCCGCCCGCAGGCAAGCACAUCAGCGCAUUGUGCAGGAGCAGGCACGACGUAGCUCAACCUUCAGCGGAACAAAUGAGCUGCAAAAGUACCAUUUGGUGUGGACUCAUUGAGGGCGGACGCGCGCCGUCGAAGCCAGAAGCUCUGUAAGCGACACGACGACGACUGGGACGUUCGCUUCCCGUUCAAUGGUCCUCGCUUCCUCCGCCGCUGAGUGUGCUGGCCUAAAGGAACAACCCAUAAUGCACAUAAGACCCGCCUGCUUUGCAACCACACCUACUUCCUGUCUGUAGAGGAAGAGGCUGUGCCAGGAUGUCCUCUCAUCCCCAGUCUGUGCCACCGGGCCGGAGAACUAUGGACACGCGGCACCUGCCGAACCCCGCCACGUUACCGUUGCAGCUCCAGCGGGCGCACACGGAAGUCGGAAUGGUGGACUACCACUCCCAUCAUGCCCGCGACUACAGCUCGCACUUGGCUCAGCCCCAUCGCCGUCGACCCUCCUUGCUUUCGGAGUUCCAACCGGGAAAUGAGAGAGGGCAAGAGCAGCAUAUCCGCUACGAACACAUCUACUUACCAGAGCCUAGCAGCCAUUCUGAGUUGGAGUUCGGUGAGAUCAAACGGCCUCGUUUGGAGAUGGGACCAGAUUCUCUGAUGAGACCCUCAUCACAUCGGCCGCAGUUGCCUCUUGGAGGACCUGAGGAUCUCGCUAAGGAUCGUGGAAGUGCCAUGGGGAAGCUUGAGCCAAUCUCCCCUGUGAGCCCUGUACACAUGGACCCUGAUUUGGAUCUGGUGCCAGCCCGCUUUUCCAAGGAAGAACUGAUCCAGAACAUGGACCGUGUCGACAGGGAGAUCACGAUGGUGGAACAGCAGAUCUGCAAGCUUCGCAAAAAACAGCAACAGCUGGAGGAGGAGGCUGCCAAACCUCACGAGCCAGAGCAGCCCAUUUCCCCUCCACCCAGCGAGGCCAAGCACCGCAGCUUGGUGCAGAUCAUCUACGAUGAGAACAGGAAAAAGGCAGAAGAGGCUCAUAGGAUACUGGAGGGACUCGGACCCAGGGUAGAACUGCCACUGUACAAUCAGCCUUCUGAUACCAAGCAGUACCAUGAGAACAUCAAAAUAAACCAGGCGAUGAGGAAAAAACUCAUCUUGUACUUCAAGAGAAGAAAUCAUGCUCGUAAGCAAUGGGAACAGAAAUUCUGCCAGCGUUACGACCAACUGAUGGAAGCCUGGGAGAAGAAGGUGGAGCGCAUUGAAAACAACCCGCGGCGCCGAGCCAAGGAGAGCAAAGUACGGGAGUACUACGAAAAACAGUUCCCAGAGAUUCGGAAGCAGAGAGAGAUUCAGGAACGAAUACAGAGCCGCGUUGGGCAGCGAGGGGCCGGCCUGAGCUCCUCUGCGGCUCGCAGCGAACACGAGGUCUCCGAGAUCAUCGACGGAAUAUCAGAGCACGAGAACACGGAGAAGCAAAUGCGGCAGCUGGCAGUCAUCCCGCCGAUGCUGUUCGACGCCGAGCAGCAACGCAUCAAGUUCAUCAACAUGAAUGGAUUGAUGGACGACCCCAUGAAGGUGUACAAGGAUCGGCAGGUCAUGAACAUGUGGAGCGAGCAAGAGAAGGACACUUUCAGAGAGAAAUUCAUCCAGCACCCUAAAAACUUUGGUCUGAUCGCAUCUUUCCUGGAGCGAAAGACGGUGGCGGAAUGUGUGCUGUUUUAUUAUUUGACCAAAAAGAACGAGAACUAUAAGAACAUAGUGCGAAGAAACUACAGACGGCGAGGAAGAAGCCAGCACGGCCAGCAGCAGCAGCAGCAGCAGCAACAGCAGCAGCAAGUCAAUCGAAGCAGCCAGGAAGACAAGGAAAAGGAGGAGAAAGACAAGGAAGGAGAGAGGGAGGAGGAGAAACCAGAACCUGAAGACAAGGAGGAUGGGAUGAAAGAUGAAACUUCUGGGGAAGAUGCAGAGGACAAAGAGCCCACGGUGGCCGUGAAGGGCCGACGAACAGCCAACAGCCAAGGACGGCGUAAGGGCCGAAUCACCCGCUCGAUGACCAGUGAGGUGGAGGAGACGACCGCACCGCCUGUCAACAAUGAGCUCGCCAAUCUGGAAAUGAAUGAGAGUUCUCGCUGGACUGAAGAAGAGAUGGAAACAGCCAAAAAAGGUCUUCUUCAGUAUGGUAGGAACUGGUCUGCAAUUGCCAAGAUGGUGGGAUCAAAAACUGUGUCGCAGUGUAAGAACUUCUAUUUCAACUACAAGAAGAGGCAAAAACUGGAUGAGAUUUUGCAGCAACAUAAAAUGAAAUCGGAGAAGGAACGAAAGGCUCGCCGCAGGGGCAAAAGCCUUCCAAAUGAAGAGGCCACUGCCCCGUUCACAGCAGAAGAAGAAGAGCUGGAAGGCUCAGGGGCGAGUGGCAAUGAAGAGGAGGCACCUGAAGAUGGAGAAGGUGGCGCCAACAACAGCUCGGACACGGAGAGUUUGCCAUCGCCGCAUUCCGCUGAUGACACUAAGGCCAAGGAAGAGGGUUCCAAUAAGUGCAAGGCUGCCUCUAAUAGUGGGGAUAAAGAGGUAGCUGGAACAGACACAGAGCAGGAUGGAGAUGUGAAACCUCCGGUAAAAGAAGACCCAGAGGUCUCCAUCAAGCAGGAGAUCAAGACUGAAACAGCGUCGCCAAACAAGGAGCCGAACCAACCAUCGCCGAGCAGCGAUGUCACGGACAAGAAACCUUCGACGGCAGAGGCCGACGAUGUCAAGAACUGUCCCAAGAGCUCAAAGAAGGACCAUGGGGCCAAAGCAGGCUCGCAUGGGGACAGCGACUCCAGUGCCACUUGCAGUGCUGACGAAGUGGAAGAAACGGACAACACAGAAAAGAACAGAAUGAUGUCUCCGCGUCCAAGCCUACUGAACUACACUCAUGAUGGGGUCAUCUCAUCCCCGCUGCAGAAGCCCAUGGACCUUAAACAGCUCAAGCAGCGGGCGGCUGCCAUCCCACCAAUUAUACCAGAAGCGUCAGUCCAAGGCAAUCAGCGGAGUGGGGGUGCCAAGGCUGUGUUGCCACCCCACGCUUUGGCACUGUACCAGCAGCAGAUCACCAUGGCUCACGGGGAGUCGUCUCAGGAGGUCAAACAACAACAGCAGCCGCAGCUUUCGGGCCAGCCAGGCAAACAGCAGCCUUAUUCUCAACAAAUAGAAAGAGACAGGGAGGCUCCGCAUAGCAGCAGCCCUCGCAUCCGCCCACGCAGCCCUUCCACUGGUGACAAGGAUGAAAAGUCUUUCUCUUCACACGGUGACGUCAAGAGGCCCGCACUGGGCCCCGAUGACCUAAGGUCCGCUAACUUGGGUCGAGCGGUUUUGUCACCGUUCCCCGUGUCCCCGCGAGACAUGGCCAAGAUCAGCCACGACCAGCACCUGCUCCAAUUCAACUCAUUCCAGCAAGUGGGCCACCCAGUACUUCCUGGUUUGCAACAGGAUAGUGCCAGACAAGCUGCAGUGAGACCCCUCAUCAUGCCAGAGCCCCCACCUCUCAUUUCCUCAACCAAGCCAGGGGGCUCCAUCACACAGGGGACUCCUGUACAGUUGCACAGCCCAGCUCAUGGGUUCGAACAUGGGAAAAUGCUUUCUACUCAGAUGAGCUUGUCUUGGAUUGAUCAGAGGAAAGGUGGUGGUCCAUUCCCUGUGGUCAAGCAGGAGCAGUUAUCCCCCCGCAGCUUGUCCUUGCAAGCUGACAACCCAUCUACCCAAGGUGCACCUCAUGAUGGUGGAAGAGCUGUUCAGGGAGGUAGCAUCACGAAGGGUAUCCCAGGGACCAGAAUGCAUCCAGAUUCCGCAAUCUCCUACAGAGGCGGCUCCAUCACUCAGGGGACACCGGCCGAUGUGCUGUAUAAGGGAACCAUAACCCGUCUGAUCACAGAGGACAGCGCCAGCCGUGCUGACAGGGAGCGGGACGACGCCUUGUCCAAAGGUCAUGUGGUCUACGAGGGAAUAAGUGGCCACAUCCUCACAUACGACCGUCCAGUUUCUCAAACCUCUAAAGAUGAGGGUAGAGGGCCAGGACAAGCUGGUGAAAUUCUUGGGCUAAAGCGUCCUUAUGACGUGAUGGAGGGAGGCAUCUCCCGUGGUCUGCCGAUGAGGGAUUCCCUGUCUGCUUCCAACUGUGAAGGUCUAAUUGGCCGAGCCAUGCCUCAUGACAGGGACAGCCCGCACCACACACCUUAUAAAGAUGCGCAUCACAUACGGGGUUCCAUCUCACAAGGUAUACCACGUCAUCUGGACCCUCAGGAUAGCUACCUGAGAAGGGAGGCCAAGCAAAUGAAACGAGAGAACUCUCCGCCACAUGGGGCCAGUUCACUGUCAGACCCGAUAAAGGGCAGGGAGGCCAUGGUGCCCACAGUGAAGGAGGGUGGGCGCUCCAUCCACCUCAUUCCCAGGGAGGAGCUCAGGCAGACAGCCAAGGAGGGCAUUAUAACGCCGGGAACUCCCAUGAAGCAGGAAGCUGGCGGCUCAGGUAAACGACACGACGUCCGCUCCAUCAUAGCCAGCUCGCCGCGUUCCUACCAUAACGCACCGCCUCACCUGGAGAUGCGGGCAGACAGGGCACGCUAUGACGAGGCACCCAAAGGACGCCUGAGUGCGGUGGUCAGCACCGCCAGCCCGAUAGCUCGCUCUUCUCCCCUGACGCUGGCUUCAGAGCAGGGAAGCAAAUCGCAUCACAGCCCCGUCAGCUACGAGGACAAAGGAACCUUGAGAAACGCUUACCCUGGGCCGUCACACCGCGGCUCGCCGCUUUCCAGGGAGGCAAGUCAGCGGCAACAUGAUGGCUCCAGUAAGAAAGAACCUCAGGAGCGAAAAGCCACACCGACCCCGAGGGAGAUGAGUGCUACCAAAUCGCCUCUCCCGGGGGUUCCUGACCAGCAGACCUACGAGCGUCUGUUGCAGGGCCUCGGAGCCGACGUUUACAGACAAAUUCCUUUGGCCUUCGAUCCUGCGGCUCUGCCUCGCGGCAUCCCCAUUGACCCAGCCUACUACUUGCCUCGCCAUCUGGCCCCCAACCCGGCGUACCCUCAUCCCUAUCCCUACCUCAUCCGGGGCUUUCCAGACACGGCGGCCCUGGAGAACCGGCAGACGCUGCUCAACGACUACAUAACUUCCCAGCAAAUGCACCAGUGGCCUGCAGCGGCUGCCAUGGCUGCUCAGCGCUCAGACAUGCUAAGGGGCCUUACUCCACGAGAUCAGCCCCUUCCUAUGCCUUACUCUGCAGCCCCUCGUGGAAUCAUUGAUCUAUCUCAGGUGCCGCACUUACCUGUCCUGGUCCCUCCCUCUGCAGGGACAGCCAGCUCCCCAAUGGACCGUAUCACCUACAUCCCAGGGGGGAGUGCCACCUUCCCUGGCAGGCCUUACACCACUCCCCCAAUCUCACCCGUUGGCUCCUCGCACAUGAACAAGAUGCAAGGCGCUUCCUGUUCUUCAGAACGCGAGCGUGAAAGAGAACGCGAUCGUGACAGAGAGCGGGAUCGGGAGAGAGAACGCGACAGGGAUCGUGACAGAGAGAGAGAGCGGGACAGAGAAAAGGGUGGAGCAAACGUGGAGCAUGCCCCCAUUUGGCGACCAGGUACAGAGCACAGCUUAGCAAGCAGUAGCAGUGUGAGAUCUUCUUCGCAGCCAUACAGCCACCAGCAUUCACCAGUGUCCCCUCGCACCCAAGACAAUGUGCAGCAAAGACCAAGUGUCCUGCACAAUACUGGAAGCAAGAAUCUUUCUUCCGAACACCCCAGCCCCUCUGUGUUACGAUCCAUACCUUCAGGACCCUCCCGUUACCAGGGUUACCACGGUCAUCUUCAAAGGACCGGUUUGCCCCCCGAGGCCUACGCCUCUGCCCUGGACUCGAGCGGAGCCAAAGAGCAGAGUCGUGAAGGAGGCAAAAACAGGGGACUACCCAAGCAAGUCCAAGACCAGCACGGGCCCUCGAGCAAGUCGGACCCCAAGCUUACAAGCCCCAGCCAGGGAGGAAUAUACCCAAGUCCUUAUUCCUCGAUUUCAGGACGACCACCGCACCUGCAGUUGGAAAACCCUCCCGGCCGCGGGGACAGUGGUACACCUAGUAGGGAAAAUACUCAAAAUAAAGUGAUGUCCAUUCAGGAACAAGAGCUCAGAGCACUCGGUAAGACCACCAUGACUGCGGCCAACUUCAUAAACGCGAUUAUUAUGCGUCAAAUUUCUUGUGAAACGGGGAUGCCAGAGACGGGCUCGCUUGUUGCCAGCGGCGCCACUGAUGCUCAACAGAAGAUGGAGUCACAUGUUCUGUACCGUCCUCCGUCCGAGGAGAGGCUUUCGCCAGGCCAGAAGCCGCCUUCUCCUUGUGUGAAAGGCAGCCAAAGGGUCGUCACCCUGGCUCAGCACAUCAGCGAGGUGAUAACGAAGGAUUACACGAGGCAGAGUCAGCAGCAGCAUCAACAAGGUUACCACGGCUCGCCCAUCCUGGACUUGACCCGCCCUCCCAGUGCCUCACAGCCAGUGAGCCAGGAGGCUCCCCAAGUGGCCCGCUAUCCCGAGGGCCUCGGGGGCGAUCGUAACAGAGACCGGUCUCCUCCUCAGUCCAAGUGUUCUCCGAUCAGUGUUUCCAAUGACUGCAUCGAACCGGUUUCUCCUGCUGGGGCCAACUCUGAGCCUGAAAUCCAGGGAGGAGGCUCCUAUCCCAAUGAGCAAGGAGAGCAAGUCUCCCCAAGAACGGGUGUGUGUACUUUUGCCUCCCACAGAAUGGGCUCCCGUUCCCCGCCCAACACCUCGCAGCCCCCCGCUUUCUUCAGCAAGCUGACUGAGAACACCUCGGCUAUUGUGAAAUCAAAGAAGCAGGAGAUGAUCAAGAAGAUGACCGUGGUGGGAAACGACGAUUUUAAUGCGGGUCAGCCCGGAACAGAAAUCUUCAAUAUGCCAGCAUCUACAACAGCAGGAUCGGUGGGCGUUCGCAGCCACCCGGCCCCAGAGACGCCCGGCAGCUCCAUCGGUCUGGAGGCCAUCAUAAGAAAGGCCUUAAUGGGAAAAUACGACGAUCAGCCCGAGGAACGCUCGCCAGCCGCUUGCGCCAACCCGCUCGCCUCGGGUCUGCCCGUUGCCUUGAGCGGAACGGACGGCCGCGCAGAGGACACUUUCUUGCAAGGUGGGGGGAAGCCCUCAAAGGGCGGCGGGCGCUCCAACGGGCGCAAGGCCAAGUCCCCGGGACCCGGCCUGUCGGGGGGCGAGAGGCCGUCCUCCGUGUCCUCGGUCCAUUCGGAAGGAGACUGUAACAGAAGAACGCCGCUGACCAACCGAGUGUGGGAAGACCGGCCCUCGUCCACAGGUUCGACGCCGACCCCCUUCCCGUGCAACCCGUUGAUUAUGCGUUUCCCCGGCGGGACGGUUUCGGUUCCCUCGCCUUCGUCCGGGCAGCCGGCGGGCCACGUGGCCGCUCAGGGGCAGGGCCGCGCCUGGGAGGAGGAGCCCAAGCCGCUGCUCAUGUCUCAGUACGAGUCGCUGUCCGACAGCGAGUGAGCGGCACGGACGCGCGUGGGCCGAACGCGCGCUCACUCCAGGAUUCUGUGAACAACUCGUCCCUUCUUUUUCACAUCUCCUCGCCGGCCGUGCACGUUCACCGCGCUCAAGCGCUUCCGCGUUUGCUUGCCGGGUGGGAUUCUCGUCAAGUCGGCAGCCCGACCGGCGAGAGGCCCCUCGGACAUUUCUUGAGUGUCUGCCUUGCUCCAGGCGCAUGCAAGUGAUGGGACUAAACUUUGUUGUUGUUCUUUGAUUUGAUUGUUUGUUUUUGUCCUUGGUUCUUUUUCUUUUCUCAACUCACUGAGUCUCGUGAUUGGAAAGCGAUGGCGGACAACAAGUCCCUUUUUGGUGUUGAAUGUUCUUCGGUUAUAGUGUACGCGUGCCGGUCCUCGAUCUGCAAAGACGAAUGCUUUUGGGGUCGGGGGGCUCAUAUCAUUGGUUUACAGGGUAAACGUCCCGUCGCUCGCUGAUGUCGUCCGUCGGCGAGGGUCCCGAGGAACGGCCGCCGCCCGCCGAGGUCAGCUGUCCCGUCGGACCUUUCGCCACACGACGGCGCUCAGACAAGUGACGCGCUCGCUGUUUUUAUAUUCACCGCUUUUAGGAUAUUAAGCACUUAGUAGUUGGCCCGUCGGCAACGGCGUCGCGCCGAAAGCAGCGCGGCGGACGCGAUCUCCGCGCGGCGUGAUUUCAAACGACCCGAGCGCCAAUCGCGCCGGUCGAGCCGGUCGUCGGCAUCGACGAGGUGGACCUCGGUCCUCUCCCGGCCUGCCGGGUUCCCGCUUUGGAGCUUUCGUGACAGUCUGACCUUUGACCUUGUACUGCAUAGAGGGAAGACCCUUAGCUUCGCUACUGCGCAACUUUUGUACAUUGGAAUAUAUUCUUCAUGUUAAGUGCCAUUUAUUUUCCACGCACAGUGCUGAAGUUACCAAGUAACGCGUCAUGUUUUUUUCUUUCGGGCCCCACCUUUGCCAGGGUUUCUUCUGUGCAUGCUGGGAAUUGUCAACAUAGAAGCAAAUGAAAUGUCAUGCAUUGCCAAAACUCAAAAUCUUACCAAGAAGAGUUGUCUUAAAAAAAAGUCUUAAAACUAAUCUGAUUACACUUCCAAUAAAAAAAAAAAAAAAAAAAGCAAAUUGUUUUGAGACCAUUUUCACUUGUUUCAAGCUCAUUUUGACUUCCAGCAAGCAAGCGAGCAGAGUUAUGUUGAGCGCGCAGGUGUCAAAGUCCAGCCUGCCUGCGUACCGAGCGGACAAAUGAUGUGAGGAGCGCACUGUGUAUUGAAAGGACAGCAAGACGAAAAAUUGCCGUUGACCUAAAGUGGCGAGUCUCAUUUGAAUUUGUUUUGACCGGAAAUAAGACGAAUCUUCUCGGUAAGCUUUUUGAGUUUUUGCAGCGCAGCGAGCUUUUUCAACCGCAAAGCGAAGCAAUCGGUCCUCGCGUGACGUUUUCUCCAUGGCGACCGCUGCGACGCUCGACUCCACUGCGCUCGAUUGUGGGCGGGUUCGAGGGAGGUGAGGGGGGGGAGAAAGCGCUGCGAAGCAGCGACGACGACAACAACAACAACAAAAGGCUGCUGUCCAAGGUCGGAUGGCCCCGUGUGAAGUUUGGGCCUUGUGGUAUUUUCUCGGAGUUUAGCGACGUCCGUGUUUUGGGCCGACCUCCUGUCCCUCCUCCAUCCCGCCUCUUGAUGGUGACGCGCGUCACGCCUGCACAAUGCUCAUUUCAGCCAUCUUUGGGCCGUUUUUUGUUUGUGCCCCCGCCCCCACGUGGAGUUUGUUUAAUUUGGCCACACGUUGUACAGUGUCUGUCGCUCCACGGUUUUAUCAUGAAUCCAUUGAUGAAGUUGAAGAAUGUGAGCGAAAACAGAUUCAGAUUCAAGUCAUAUUUAGCUGUUGCUUUAACGGAUGACGGACUAAUCCACUGAUUUUUAAAAAGUUUACUAAAUUGAAUUUUAACAUGCAUUCAUUUUGCCUUUGGUCCCACAGUUUUGUCCAACCGCAGUUUGUUGACAUGUCAAAAAUAAUAACAUGAAUAUCAAAUGUGGUCCCUGGGGGGAGGGCGGGGCUGUGGGGAAAUUCUAACAUUGUUCCACCAUUUUGUUCAUAAUGUUUUUUUGUUUUUUUUUUAUAUAAUUAUAACCCACUGUAUAAUAACAAGGAUUGUAUAUAAAACUAAAUAGAUGUAAAUAUUUAUGUGGCUUGCUUCUAGGUUGGUUUUACCAAAACAAACAAACAAAAAACACACACGGUUAAAUUCUACAUGCCCACCAGCAAGCUUUGUGGAUAGCAGUGUACAAAUGGAAAACAAAUAAGACACUGCCUUAAUGUUGAAAUAAAAACCUUAUUGCCA